AUGGCGGAAACAAAUCAGAUGACUCGGAAGAGGAUGCGAUUCUCGUCUUCUUCAGCUAGUGAGAUCCUCACGACAGGCAAAUCACUGAAUCAGAGAGACCGCUCUGGCCGAAUCGCAGCCGCCGUAUCUCACACCGGAAACUUAUUUAAGGUCAAGCAAUCGCCAUCUUUCAUCGGUAAAAUCGAGUCGAAAAUCAUUCGGACUUAUCCUCGUGUCACCAUCAAGGAUCUGCGUCUCAGACGCGUCUUCUCUCCGACUUCGAUCCCCACCGACUGGGAAUUUAAAACCAAAGUGGAACAAAUUGAGGAAUAUCCUUGCGCAUCCCGGAGUUCGAACUUUGAGAAAGAAGGAACCAAAACCAAUGGUGGUGGUUUAGGAAAUGGCGAAACAGAAGACUCUCUACAAGCCACACCACAUGAUCCAGAAUUCUUAAGCACCGAGCUUAUCCGUGAAGAGAUCAAUGUACAAGCUGUGAAGGAAAGGGGUACUAAUUUCUGUAGCAAAUCGGUUCUUCAUCCAUGUUCUCGAGCUAAGAUAUUCAACAACCCUGGAUCCUUCAGCUACAAGAGACUGCUUCCGUACUUGAUGCAAGCUGCAGAUGAUGGAACAUCUUCAGGCCGGUGUUCAAAACCUGAGAAAUCUUUUGGCCAGAAUCCUCCAAAUAUAAAUUUGUCUUGUGACAAAGAAACUGGGGAAACUCCUGAAGAUCCAAAGGAGGGAGUAAGUGAAAUGAUGACAGCCAAGUGUCAACUUCCUGAAACCACCGAACCUGUUUUGCAAUCUGUGGACAGGGUCGUUAAUCAACAUUCAGCUGGAAGCUUGUGUGGAAACACCAGUCCUUUGAAGAGGGUUAUUGUGUCCAGCCCCAACAAGAAAUCUGCAUGCUCUCGGCGUAAGUUAUUUAAAACACCAGGUUCUGUUAAUUACAGAAGAAUGCUUCCAUAUCUCAGAGAUAUUCAAGAGGAUAAUCCUUGCAUGCCUGAAACUGUUAAUCAUCCAGAUCGUCAUAAGAACAUAGAGGAGAAUACUCCAUCAUCAAUGUUAGUCUCUGAGAAUGAUGGGACACAGGAUAUAGUGACACCAAAUGUUGAUAGAGAAUCAGAUACAUGCUCUAACGAAAACAAAGAGCUUCUUCCUUGUGAAGCUGUAUCUAUAUCUCCAGAACGGUCUGAUCUUGACAAGGAACAAGAAACUCAAGUUAAGCAUGUUAUCCUGGAUGCUGAAACGAACUUGGAAAUUCCUCACAAUGUUUUGGUCUCUGAGGUCCCACUAUCAUCUCCUCACAAUGUUUUGGUUUCUGAGGUCCCAUUAUCAUCUCCUCACAAUGGUUUGGUCUCUGAGGUCCAUUUAUCUUCUCCUCUUGUUGGUUCAAGAAGUUUAAGUGAGGUUUCUAAAUCUGCAUUGGACAACACAUUUAUCGACAACGUGGUGGGCGAAGAAAACAUGAAUGGUGCAGAGAGAACAGAAGCUAAAACCAGCGCAGAUAGUUCGAAUCUAACAGCUGAGCAGCUAGACCCUUCUGCUGAAAUGGAAACUCCUUCCUCCGUUUCUCCAUCGAAAGGGAUUCUAAAAAGAAGUAUAAGAGGAUGUAGAGGGAUAUGCUCUUGUUUGAAUUGCUCCUUGUUCCGCCUAAACGCAGAGAGAGCAUUUGAGUUCUCGAGGAAUCAGUUACAAGAUACUGAAGAAAUGGUUUUGGAUCUAGUUGGAGAAAUAUCUCUUCUCAGGGAUAUGUUGGAGAAAUAUGGUUCAGCAGAUCACAAUGAAUCCUACAAAAGUCAGGCUGGAGAAGCUUCAAAGAGAGCUUAUGAGGCUGCAGAGCUUGCAAAAAGCCGCCUCCUCCAGAUGAACGAUGAUCUUCAAGUUCACUGCAGAAUCCCCAAGGAACAACGAGCAAGAGUGAAAUUCGCUCACUACGUUCACGAGAAGACGAUCCUAAAAGCAUCCGAACCUAACAACUUGAUCCAUACAUCACCCUCAAGCAACUAG